UGACACUUCCCCGCCGUGGCUGAGGCUGUUGCCAGAUUCCCACUGUCUGGAUCUAUGGCGAACUACAGCCAUGCGGGUACUGGGAGCAGCGAGAACCUAAUGCAGAUUGUGUCUCCUCUGGCGACGUUCUUCAAGCUGACAUCGCUGGGUUUCAUCAUUGGAGUCGGCGUGCUGGGCAACCUCCUCAUCUCCUUCCUGCUGGUCAAAGACAAGACCCUCCACCGGGCUCCUUACUACUUCUUGCUGGAUCUCUGCUCCUCUGAUAUCAUCCGUUCGGCGGUGUGCUUCCCCUUUGUGUUCCUCUCGGUGAAAAACGGCUCCUCCUGGUCCUACGGGACCCUGAGCUGCAAAGUGAUCGCUUUCGUCGGGGUCCUGUCCUGCUUCCACGCCGUCUUCAUGCUCUUCUGCGUGAGUGUCACCCGCUACAUCGCCAUCGCCCACCACCGCUUCUACUCCAAGCGGCUGACUUUCUGGACCUGUUUGGCCAUCAUCUGUAUGGUGUGGACCCUGUCGGUGGCUAGCUUUCCUCCUGUCUUCGACGUGGGCACCUACACCUUCAUCCGGGAGGAAGAGCAGUGCAUCUUUGAGCACAGGUACUUCAAAGUCAACGACUCGCUGGGCUUCAUGCUCAUGUUCGUAGUCAUCGUCCUGGCCACUCACAUCGUGUAUCUGAAGUUGAUCUUCUUUGUGUACGACCGGCGCAAGAUGAAGCCCGUCCAACUGGUGCCGGCAGUCAGCCAGAACUGGACUUUCCACGGACCCGGGGCCACCGGGCAAGCGGCUGCCAACUGGAUCGCUGGCUUUGGCCGGGGUCCAACCCCACCCACCCUGUUGGGAAUCAGACAAAAUCCUCAGGGCCAGGGCAUGAGGAGGAGGCUGUUGGUCAUGGACGAGUUCAAAACAGAGAAAAGAAUUGGCAGGAUGUUCUACCUGAUCACCUUCUUCUUCGUGGCUCUCUGGUGCCCGUAUCUGGUGGCUUGCUACUGGCGUGUCUUUGUGAAAGGCCCCGCUGUUCCACGUGGUUACAUGACGGCUGCUGUCUGGAUGACUUUUGCCCAAGCUGGGGUCAAUCCAUUUAUCUGCAUCUUCUCCAACCGGGAGCUAAGACGUUGUUUCAGCACCAACAUCCUUUACUGUCGAAAAUCCAGGUUACCAAGGGAACCUUACUGCGUUAUAUGAGCACUUAUGCUGUAUGUAUCUGAGAUUUAAUCGACGGAAAUUACCCUAAUUUUAUCAAGCAACAGACGAAACAGUAAUUGUCAUGGUCUGCGGCACUGGGGCCCCUUUUGGUGUUCUGGCGAGGGCGAUUUACAAAGAAGCGACCAUCAACCUUUCGCAGAAUGGUCUUUAAUUUAUUUCUGCUAUCUCUGUGUUUAUGUUCAAGGUAUUUCAAUACAGUUUACGUAAAAAUUAAUACUAUUAUCAUGUCAUCUGCACAUCAAUUUACGCUUUUGUUUUGAAAUAACCAAUGCAGAAAUCAUAAACUACAGUCUUAGAAUAUAUAUUGACUUUUAUAUUUUUUUAAAAAAAGGUCUUUUGCAUCCAUUAAUCAACACCAGACGAAACAUGUUUACAUUAUUUGACUUAAUUAAAAGUGACAAUACCUUCAUCAGUUGACUGCGGGCAUGCAUGACCGGGUUAAUGUUUGAAUAUGUACAAAUUAGUUCCUUCAACUUUCCCUUAAAUCUACACUGGAUCCAAACUUGUACCAGGUACAGGCACCUUGUUCAAGUGGUUAAGCCUGUCGCGUAAUUACAUUUAUGCAGAACAGUACAUGGUUGAUGUCUGUUUCUAUAUUUUUAGACGGUGGUCAGGUCUACAGCAGAACAAGUUGGUUUCAAACCUUGCACAAUCUGUGAAAUAUUUAUUCUAUGGAUGCAUAUUGUUUACAAUAUUUUUUCUUUCCACAUUGUUCAGUUCUGUCUUUCGUGUUUCAACUGUGAUAUUGUUCUAUUAUCAUUUUCUCUCAAAAAGGUGAUAUGGCUUAUACCAUUUCCUUACUGUUGGGGGGGGGGGGUGGAAUGUAUGUGAAUUGAAGUAAAACUGCAUUCAGCAAAAUAGUUGUGUGGGAUCUCAUCAACAUUUUGGAAAUAAAAUGUAUAUCAUAUUAUACAGUUAUCAAUUCGCAUAAGUCCAGCUGCUCUUUCUUGAAGUAGACAAUAAUUAUUUUUGCAAAUAUGCACAGAAUUUCAACAUUACGAUUCUUUGUAAUAAGUUUGAAAGAGUUAACAUCUGACCGAAAAAAUGAAUGAUUGAUGGGAACCACAAGAUUGAUCGAAGGCGUAAUACCAAAGAAUUCCUGUGCACUUUAUUGUCAUUAACUUUCCAAUGUUGUAAUAUUCUUUGUAAGUGUCCUGUACGUUAAUAUAAAAUAAUUUAUCAUGGAAAAAUCAGAGAGAAAAAUGUAAAAUUGCUUAUAGAUGUUGUGUAUGUAAUAACUAUUGUGAAACUAAUUGAACUGGUAUCACUUACAGAGCCAUAUAACUAAUGAUCUUUGACAAGAAAUUUUUUAGCUUUUCGUUCUUUAUUCUUCCA